AAAAUGUCAUGUACCGUGAAUUGUUCAAUUGGAAUUGUGUUUUAUGUUGUGAAAUACUAAGUGGGUAAUUAGUGAUUGUCAAUGAAUAAUUUCUUCACAUGAUGACGCAUUAAUAUCGAUAUUUAUGAAAUAUAAACAGUGUCACAAUUUUAGCGACGUUAUUGUUUUUUCGACUUCAAUCUAUUUUAAGUUAUUUUUAUUAAAAUGGAAUUUCCUCAUAUUGGCAAGAAUUGUUCUUACAAAUCAUGUAAUAAAUUAGACUUCUUGCCUAUGAAAUGUGGUGCUUGUCGUGAAGUUUUCUGUUCCGACCAUUUUGCUUAUGCAAAACACGAGUGCCCCGAACCAAAUACUCACGAUGUACAAGUGCCCGUAUGCCCAUUGUGUAGUGCGCCUGUACCUGGUCGACGCGGCGAACCACCAGAUGUGGCUGUUGGCGCGCACAUAGACAACCAAUGCACUUCAGAUCCAGCAAGAGAAAGAAGAAAUAAGGUUUUCACAAAUAAAUGUUCAUUUAAAGGGUGUAAAACGAAAGAGAUGGUACCACUUGUAUGCAGUGAAUGCGCUCUAAACUUUUGCUUGAGGCAUCGUCACACUACUGACCAUUCCUGCGAAGGCAAACUAGCCGCCAAGAGAAGGCAGGCAGCUAAUGCAGCUAUGGCACGACGAAAGGCAGCAGCGGUGCAUACGCCGACAUUUACGGAAGUACAAGGGAAUAUGACUGAAGACGAAGCCUUAGCACAUGCUCUGGCAUUAUCAUUGCAAGAACAAAACGCAGAUCUUCAUGCCGCAGACAACAACUUCGCGCGAGCUUUGGCAAGACAACGAGUUGGCGGCGAACAGAAUUCAAGAUGCUCGAUAUCUUAGCAAGCAAUAUUGGACCGUGCGUCAUACUCAAAUCUGCAAAUUAGUGAUUUUGCUUAGUUAGGCACAGCUAUGGAUGAUGUCCUUGCAAAGUUAAACUAAUUGAAAGUGUUAUUAUAUGUUACUGUAAAAGCUCAUACAUUGAUAAAUUUUAGGUUUCACAACAAAAUCUUAGGAUAUGCCAACAGUAAAUUGUAAAUGUAAGGAUUAAAAAAUAAUUAUGGGCCUUUCACCAAAACAAACGUAACCUACAUUUCUUACCACGAAUACAAACAACAAACAAUACUAUGAUGAUAGCAGCCGAUAGAUAUCCACUGCGGAACAUAGACCUUCUCCUAUUGGGAGGUUUUACCAGUAGUUGUCAUACUUGACAAGUAGGUUGGCAGCCAUAAUUAGGCUUUGGUGAUGUUGCUGUCCAUCUUUCGACUAUUAAGUUGCUAAAUAUUAUAUGCUCUCAUAAUUUUGUCCAUUUUUUUACAAUUACCGUAUCUCCUAUGUAUUUAUUAUAUUAUAAAUUUAGAAAAUUUUAGAUUUGCCAUAAUUGUGGUUUUUACAGUAACAGACAAUAUUUAGACAUCUUUAGUGUAUGGCAUAUAUAUAAUGCUAUAAGUUUGAAACAUAUAUUUUAUUUAAAACUUUAGUUCUGAAUAAAAUAUAUGUUUUAAAUUUAAUUAACUUCUAUAUAACCUAAUUUGGUCAGUUUCAUUAUUCAUAGUAUCGAUUGACAUAAAGUCUGUUAAAUGAUAAAAAGUGUAUUUGCUAACAAAUGAACAUAUGCUAGCGGUAUUAUUGUUAAACAGGUAUUUUAAAUGUUUGGCUAGAACAAAAAUAUUAUAUACUAUGAAGUUGCUGUUUUAUUAUGAUUUAAUACGAGAUUAGAAUGACAAUACUCUGAUUUCCUAUGCAAAAACAUUGGUUAAGUUGCGAUUGCGAAAAUUUAGAUUUUUUUGUUCAAUCACUUUGUAUAAUGAAAUGAUCGAGAAGUUAAGUUACUCAAAUUAUAAUGUGAACAUAAAAUUUAAAGCAAAUACGAGUUUGAAUAACAUAACGAUUAAGUUUAAACGAGAUAAAAGACAAAUUUAUUCAGUAUAAUUUUCAAUUAAAUAUUGCAAUUGGGAUAUAUGUAGGAUAGAAGAUAACAUAAAAUUUUUAAUAACUUUGACUUUAUAAAGAUACUAAGUAUUAAUUUUCAGCCAACAUUCAUAAAGUAAAUAAAGAACCUCAAUUAUUUAAAGAUUUCAAGUAAGGGAAGUUUGUUUCUUUAAACUGGUUAUUUGAAUGGAAUUAAUUUGUUUAAUUCCGGUACCAUUAGUAUGUGUGUGACUGUCAACACUCGAAUAUUGACAACCACUAUUACUACCUGAAUUUCCACAACUUUCCAUAUUAUUUCUACUCAAAUAACCAGUGAUAUGGAUUUUCACAAGAUAACAUUCAGUUCAGUAAAAUAUUUCUUUAAAGGAUAUAGAAUUAUACUGCAUUGUUCAAUAUAAAAUACAUGUAACGCGUUAAAUCGAUAAUAUGUACAUUCGACCUGUAUUUGGAAAGCGCUUCUUGCACUUUAAAUUUUGUAAUUCUUUAAUCUGUUUGUAUAUUUAUGUAUAUUUCUAUAUAUUCGUAAUUAGUAUGACCGCUAGCUUUUCUUUAUAUAUGUAAUUCUAUAAGCGUAAAUUUACGGCAUGUAUUGCUAGUAAUUGGACCUAAAUUUAUAACAUUAGUGAUAUAGAUUUAAAGAUACAUAAUAAAAAAAGAACUGAUAUAAUCAUUAUAUUGCAUACUAGUAAUCCAGCCCGGCUUCGCACGGGUAGAUACAAUUUUCGAAAAUAAUAUAUAGUCUAUGGUAUUCGCUGAUAAUGUAGUUACAUUGUUUACAUAGGCUCUAUAUAGGUGCAAGAAUUUUUAAAUCGGUUUUUGAGUUUAUCCUUUACAAACAAAUCUUUCCUCUUUAUAUAGUUGGUAUAGAUAAUAUUGAAUUACCACAGUGAUAUAGUUUUAUUAAAAAAAAAAUUUUAUGACCUUAAUUUGGUGUCAGUAAUAAAUUAUACAAUGACUUUCUCUUGUAUCUAUAUUGAUGACAGUAUACUGUCAAAUAUUGUCAUUAAAUAGUAAAUAUUCACACUGAAGUACUAAACUUAUCUUUAUGAGAUUUGGAAUAGCAAUAUAACUUGUCGUUUCUUAACAAGUUAGGUGGACGAAGUGAAGAAAAGAGAAAAUGAUAUUUAGGAAAAACAUUACAUAAUUCAAAUAUAGAAUAAUUAAUAAAGAAUUGACAUAUCGUCAUGAAUGUUUGUUUAUUAAACUGUUAUGAUUGUCGUAUUUAAUUUAGUUUCAUAAUAAUUCAGAAUUUAAAAUAAAUUUAAGUAAACAAUACACAUUGUAAACAAAUUUCUUGUAUAACUAUUUCCAAACAACUGUAUUCCAUUAAAAUCAAUAAUAUAUGCUUCUAACUAUCAGCCAUUGAUAUUGUACACGAUUUUUAAAGAUAAUUAUCAUCACUUUAUUUGUACAUUUAAAUAAAUAGAACAAUUUUAAUAUUUAUAAAAAGCAAACUCGCAGAAUUACUAGUUUUAAUGUUAUAUGAGACUACACCUAGCUUUGUGCUGUGUUCACCAAUAAGUUAAGAAUUACCUUUGGAAUAUAAUAUUUUUGAGAUAAUUAUAAUUGUUGAAAUAUUCCCAUUA